AUGGCGUCGGUUGGAGAGGGUGACUGCCACAAAGAUCCCAACUUUGCCGUUGUUUGCUCGUUUUUGGAUAAAUAUGGUGCUUCUUUGGGAUUGGAGCCCAUAAGCUAUUCUGAUCUGCAGACAUAUUUGGAGGACACAACAGGCGAUGUAUCAAGAGUACUGAUUGAUAUCCAUGUUCGCCUGUUGAAACGUAUUGGCAAGUCCAUGGUAAAUUCAGAUCGAUUUGAAAAGUGUAUUAUCAAAUUCUGUCAUAAUUUUUCUGAAUUUGAUGCAUGGGAAGUGGAAAGUUAUGGCUACAAACAUGCCCAACUGGCAACUAAGCUUAGAAUUCUUAAGAACCUACUGGAAUGCCAGUUUGACUACAAUCUCAAGUUCAAGGAGAAGGUUAAUGGGGAAAGUGCUGAAGAAAUGCGCCUUCUCCCAAUUGGCAGAGACAAGGAGGGCCAAGCUUAUUGGUACUUUCUGGACCAUGACAUGAAUCUGCUGGUGUAUAAGGAGGAGCAGGAUGAUGAGGUGGCUGACACGUGGAAGCUAGUCUGCAGCAAUAGAAAGGAGCUGGCUGAUCUUGUCAGUAAUUUGCAGAAGGGAUCAUGCAAGGAGGAGGAGGAGGAUAAAACCAGUACAUGUGGUUCAAAGAGCAGCAAAGAAGGAAGUCCAGAGAAAGAUGUUGGUGCUGAAAAAAAAGUGGCCCAAGACUUGGCUGUAGAAGUAAAAGAUGAAAAAACAGAGAACCAGAAGAUAGAGAAUGAUAUGAAGGGAAAGCAGACAGUCAAAGGAGAUGGAGAAACAAUAAUUGGUGAAAAGAAAAAGGAAAUAUCUAUAGAGCAGUUUGAGAUUGUGAAAAAAGAGUAUGGAGUCCAUGAAGAAGUUGGUGCUGAGAAACGAUCUCAGGAACAGGUAGUGGAUAUCAUUAGAGUCAAGAGAACAAAUAAAAAACCAUCAGAGGCUAUGAAGAAGGAGAAAACUGGAAGGGAGUCAGUUGCACUGAAAGGGAAAACAGUUGAAAUACAACUUAUUGAUAUUAUGAAAGACCACAAGUCAUCUCAUGAAGAGAUGGAUGCAGAAGGUGAGAGAGGACUCAAAGAACCAGCAGUGCCUGUUGUAAAAACAGAAAACACACUCAAUGUGGAUGAAACUGCUAAUGAAGAUAUCAGAAAUGAAAAUUCUGAUAUGCUUGCUGUUGGUGUUGAAGCAGAACCAGAAGGUUCUAUACCUCUCCUAGAUUCUGGUCAGGAGAGGUUUGAACCAGAGGUGGAGACUUUACAGCAGAUAAGUAAAGACACUAACAGUGCAGCACAGCAGAUAAAUAAUGACACCAAUAGUGCAACAGAGCAAAAAAGUAACGACAUUAACAGCGCAACAGAGCAAAAAAGUAAUGACACUAACAGUGGAACAGAACAAAACAUUACUGAUAAUAAUGAUGCAACAGUGAAAAUAAGGAAAGGCACUAACAGUGCAGCAGAGGAAAUAAGUAAUGACACUGGCAGUGCAGCAGAGGAAAUAAGUAAUGACACUAACAGUGCAAAAGAGCAAACAAGUAAUGACAUUAAUAGUGCAAAAGAGCAAACAAGUAAUGAUACUAACAGCGCAAAAGAGCAAACAAGUAAUGAUACUAACAGUGAAAAAGAGCAAUCAAGUAAUGAUACUAACAGUGCAAAAGAGCAAACAAGUAAUGAUACUAACAGUACAGCAGAGAAAAUAGAUAAGGACAAAAACAGUGCAGCAGAGGAAAUAAGUAAUGAUACUAAUAGUGCAGCCGAGGAAAUAAGUAAUGAUGCUAAAAGUGCAGCAGAGGAAAUAAGUAAUGAUGCUAAAAGUGCAGCAGAGGAAAUAAGUAAUGAUGCUAACAGUGCAACAGAGAAAAAAAGUAAUGAUACAGCAAAGAAAAUAAGCGAGGACACUAACAUUGCAGAUAAGGAAAUAAGCAAGGAUACUAAUAAUGCAGCUGAGCAAAUAAGUAAUGACACUGACGAUGCAGUUGAGCAGAUAUGUAAUAACACUGGCAGUGCAGCAGAGCCAAGUAGUAAUGAUAAUAACAGUGCAACACAGCAAAUAAGUAAUGACACUAAUAGUGCAACGGAGAAAAUAAGUAAUGACACUAACAAUGAAACAGAGAAAAUAAGUAAGUACGCUAACAGUGCAGCAACGGACGAGUGCCAAGAUUCUAAAGAGAAGCCUGAGCAUAGUGGACAUGUCGAGUUUAACAACAGUGUUUUGUCCAGUGGAGAGAAAUCAGCAGAGCUGGAAUGUCCUGCCUCUGGGCAUGAUGAUGAAGAACCUGAAGAUGAUGCUGGAGGUGUUCAUAAAACACAUGUGUCAGAAGAAAGUAUAGAUAAGAUUGAAAUGGACCAUUCAUUGCAGGCCACUAAAUCACCAGAUUUAGAAGAUUCAGCAUUGUCAGAAAAAACCAGUUCCUGCGAAAAACCAAAAACACCUGUAUUGAGCGAGACUUGCCCUGAGGAAAAGAGUAUAGAAAUCCAAGAGAGGAAUCCACAUGUUACUGAGCAGGAUCCUCUUGAAAAAGCAGAUGUGACCUCUGAUAUUUCAGCCAACCUGACAGAAGAAAUCCCAACAUCUGCUGUUGAUUUGGAACAAGCAAAGAUGAAGUCACAGAGUAAUAUGGACAAGGAAAGCUCACAAGGAGCAUCAAAAAAUGUGGAAGGUUCCUCAGAUGAAGCUCCUAAAGAGUCACCCUGUUUUACUGAAGACAAUAUUUCUACAGAAAAGACAACUCCAGUUUUAUCAGAUCAGUUAAAUGUUCAGACUGCUGAAAAAUUGACUAGUUCUGGUGGCUCCAGUACAGAAGGUAAUAAUGUGACAGAUAGCAGCACCGGCUGUAUCCUGUCUUCUUCUGUUGAACCUGAAAUCGCAACAGAUAGCAUUCAGGAUACAGGGGGGAAAUCGGUCAGUGAACCAAAAGGCCAGCAGUUGGAUUGUGAAACUCUUGAAGUUGCAACUAAAGGUGAGUUGAAUGAUGGUGCUGUUGACUUGUGUACAACUGCCAAGGAAGUUUUGGACAACACCCGACCUGCUACAUUUACAGUUGAGGUGGACACUGAUACUGUGCACCCAGAUAGCCGUGACAACUCAGUCAGCAGCAAGGAUUUGAGUUGUUCAAGUGAUCUUUUACACAAGCACAAAGAAUCAGAAAUUGCUGAACAAAACAAGUCAUCUCUGGAGCACCUUCCUCAUCUAGCAUGUCCUCUAGAUCAGGCGGAUCUGAAGAGUUGCCGAGACAGCAGCAGCAGCGUUAAUGAGAAAUCCAUGAUUGAAAUUGCCUCAGAGGGCCCCAGUAGUGGGGCCUCACUCAGUUCUCCAGAGUGUUUAUCUGUGAGUGCAGAUAACAAGAAAAUGAAAUCCAAUAAACAUGAAAAAAGCCACAGUAUUCACAGUACACCACCUGCUCAUGCUGAUUCAGAAGCACAACAGAAUAUAAAUGUUGAUAAGUCUGAUGAAAUUAUAACUGAUCAGCCUGACAAUUCUGUAGAAGUGAAGGGUCAGAAAAAACCUGAACGUUCUGAAAUAAAGAGUCCAAAAGAUCCUGAAACUCCUGUAGAAAUAAAGAGUCAGAAGAAAUCUGAAAAUUCUGAGGAAAUAAAGUUUCCCAAAGGACCUGAUAAUUCAGCAGACCUAAAGAGUCAGAAAGUACCUGAGAAUUCUGAAGAAAUUAAGUGUCAGAAAGAACCUGACAAUUCUGAAAUAAAAAGCCAGAAAGAACCUGACAAUUCUGAAAUAAAAAGCCAGAAAGAACCUGACAAUUCUGAAAUAAAAAGCCAGAAAGAACCUGACAAUUCUGAAAUAAAAAGCCAGAAAGAACCUGACAAUUCUGAAAUAAAAAGCCAGAAAGAACAUGACAAUUCUGAAAUAAAAAGCCAGAAAGUACCUGACAAUUCUGAAGAAUUUAUGUGUCAGAAAGAACAUGACAAUUGUGAAGAAUUAAUGUGUCAGAAAGAACAUGAACAAGAAAACUCAGGUUUGAAUAAACCUGACGGCACCGUUGAAAAGGAGCUGACUGAGACAUCUUGUGAAAAUUUAGUAAAUGUUGACAAUAACAAGGAAGAUGGAUGUGUAGAACCAAUAAAUAAAACUAUUAAAGAUAUUAAAACGUCCCGCAGAAAACGAAAAGUAGGUAAGAAUAGUAAGAAAAGCCUCAAGAUGGUGAAUGGACAUGUAGAUAGUGCCCCCACCCUAAACCAAGCAUCUGAAAAAUCAGUGGAUGCAGCAACAAAUGAGAAUGAGGAUUGUGUCAAAUGUGAUGGCAGUAAUGUUGAAGACAGCCUUUCCAGUCGACCAAAACGCAGCGUAGUCAGUAAAACUGGCAAAUCGGCUCCGAAAAAUAAGAAGUCAUCAGUUAAAGACGAUACCUCAACAAAAUGUGUCAAUUCUGUAGUAAACGAUACUUCUUUGAACUCAGAAAAUGCAACAUCCAAAAAUGCAUUGACAAAUGAAACGUUCAUAAAUUCUGAGAAUUCCAUAGCAGAUGAUCUUCCGGCCAAUACUCUGUCCCGGCGUAGUAAACUCAAGCGUGCAGUUCCUGAACCUGCCAGUGAUGAAGCUGUAGACUCAGAACCAAAUGGGAAGCGUGCCAAACAGGCAACGAGAAGCCAGAAAACUCGUGCUGGCCGAAAUGCAGCAGCUCGUGGCAGGUCCGCCAGAAUGGCUACUAAAGAUUCAGAAAGUGAUGACAGUGAUAUACCGCUAAGUCAGGUCAGGGGUAGAGGCCAAGGUAUGGUCAUAGGAGCUGGAGGAAGAAGACCCAGGGGCCGAGCUUGUCAGAGACAGACGCAACCCAACCAGGAAUCUGCUCUGGAUGAAGAAGCAGAGGAAGGAAAUACCAGCAAACUUGGAAAGAAAAAGAAGCCGGACUCUAGCACAGAAGCGUUGUCAGAAGAAGAUGCAACACCCGCUAAAAAGGGGAGAAACCAGACACAGUCUGCAGCUCCAGCCAGCUCAAAGAAUUCCUCCAAGAAGAAGGGGAGUGUUGGGAAGAAGCCAGCUGUCAAGACCACACCAGCAGCAGUGGCUGAUGAUGAUCCUUCGGGAAUCAGGAGGAGCUUACGGGUUAGACAACAAAGAUCUAGAAGACCACCAACCCCAAGCUCAGAAAGUGAGGCAAGUGAGGAAACUUCUGAAGAUGGACUGAGUAGUGAAGAAGAGGAAGAAGAUCAACCUGAUAAGGAUUUCCUGGAUUCCUCAUUUACCCCUGAGGAAGAUUCUGGAGAUGAGGAGUUCAAGCCAAAAGGGAGGAAUUUUCAGAGGCAGGCAGCUAGGACUAGUAAAGAAGAAGCAGAGGAAGUUGUGAAUGAUGACACUCCCUGUGUGAAGUGUGGCAAGUACGACCACCCAGAAAUGAUCUUACUGUGUGACAAAUGUGAUGCUGGCUACCACACGGCCUGCCUGAGGCCCCCACUGAUGCUCAUCCCAGAUGGAGACUGGUUUUGUCCUCCCUGUGAGCAUGCAAAGCUUGUAGAAAAACUGUUGGAAUGUCUGCAGUCAUUUGACGUGACAAUUAAGAAAAAAGUCAGGCUUAAUAAGAGACAGGAGCGGCUAGCGUUUGUUGGAAUAAGCAUCAGCAACAUUUUGCAUGGGCCUGCCAGAUACAGUGGUCAGAUCAGGAAAGGACACCAGGGUGAUGGUUCUCACAGAGAGGACAAGGUUGAGGGUGAGGAGGCCGAGAAUCAUGACGACGAUUCUGCAAGUACUUCUUCGUAUGAAUCCAAACCUGAACCCAAACGUAUGUACAGGUCAGAGAGGCUGGCUAUAAGACAGGCACAGAAAAGAUCUCGGAAAGAAAAGCACAGACACAGCCACAACAGACAGAAGCGGAGUCCAGAACUAGAAGUGCUAAGCCAGAGGACCUGUCGGACACGGGCUGCUGUCAGUUACCAGUUCAAGGAGUUUGAUGAGCUCAUCAACAAUGCUAUUGAAGAUGACAAGCCUUUCCGGAGAGAGAAACCUCCAGGUAUUAGCAGAGGGAAGGACAUGUCUAAUAUUUUAGGAGCCUCAGAUGAAGAAGAUGCCAAAAUCCGCCAGCGUGAUGGGGACAGUAGUGAGCCUGCACCUCCACUGCUGAAGAAGAAAACAAAACGUAGGCUGACCAGGCUGGAUAGCGAUGAGGAUCCAGACGAUGAUGAAGAGGAAAGUGAUGAAUUUAAACUGUCAGAGGAGGAAGACUCAGAUGCCACCGAGGUAGAGGAGGAUGCGGAGGAUGACGAAUCCGGCAACUCUGAUUCGGGAGACUGGAAACCCAAAAGAACAUGGUACAAUAGUCAUACAUCUUCAAGGAGUUCUGGCAGACGAAUGCACAACUUUGUGGUUGACGAUGACUACAACAGUGAUGAAAAUGCCGCCAAGCGUCGGUCAACCAGAAACUCCAAUCGUGGUCGCAUUCAUUACAGUGACUGGGAUUCUAAUGAAGAAACAGAGGCAGAGGCCAGUGGUUCUGACAACAGCUCCGAAGGCUCUCUGUAUGGUCGCAAGAAGUCACAAAAACAAAAGGCCACCAGAAUGAAGAAGAAGGGAACUACUGGCAGGAAACAAAAAGGCAGCCAUGACUCCGACAGCUCUAUCACUAUCCGCCGGAAAAAUCUCAGAAGACUUAUUAAGAAAAGAAGAAAAGAUGAAAGUGAAAGUGAAGAGUCAGAAAAAGAAGCAAAAAAUGUGAAGGAAAUCCCGAAAAAGGCAGGAAAGUCAGACUCUGAGGGAAGUCGCAAUGUUAACGAAGAGGAAAGUCACGAGGAUUCUGAUGAAUCUCCCAGAUUUAAGAAAAAGAAUGUUCUGCGAUCUUCAGAUGAAGAUGAAAAAGAGCAUGAUGUUACAGAUGUGCCGCCAAUGAUGGAAGCUGAGGUGUGCAGUAAAAUUGAAGGCACCGCUGAGGUAGAGACAUUUCCUGCCGCUGCUGUGGUGGAAGAGGAGAAAGAAGAAGAACCUACUGUAGCAACCAAACUUGAUAAUGCUGUAAAGAUCAGAGCAGGUGUUGCUGUAAAGACCAAACCAGAUAGUACUAAGAAGAUGUCAGAUGUUGCUGUAAAGACCAAACCAAAGGCUAUUGCAAAGGGGAAAAAGAGAAGUGAUUGGUGUGAAGAAGACAAAGUGGCGGUUCCAGUAACAGAUGUUGCAGUACCAGGUAAAGUGAGGAGAGUGAGUACCUCAGACAGAGAACCUGAGAGUGUUGUUGAUGCUGUACCUCUAAUGCCUGCAGAGGUCAGUAAGCCAGCAAGCGAGAAUAAACCCCAGAUAGUUGCCACAGAGAGCAAAGUUAAUGAGAAGGUCCAGGAUGUAGGGAUGUCUAGUGUAGAUCAGAAAACUGCGGUGACAGAAACAGAAGGUAGUUUCCAUGAACCAUCCUUUAUAAUGGAAAAAUCUACAGGUAGCGGAAAGAAGAGAACAGUUCCCAAUUUCUUGGAUGUCAACUCUGGUGAAGAAAGUGAUGAACAGAAACAAGAUCUCCCCAAAGAUAAGGUUGUAACACCAUCAUUGUGUGCAGAUGCAGCAGAUACCCAGACAACAACAGCAGUAUCCCAGAUCUCUUCAGAUGGUCCCAAGGCAAGGAUAGAUCAUGUGGAAGGUCCGCAACAUCACAUAAAUUUUUCGCACCCAGGCCAGCAUUAUCCAUUCGGCACUGGACCUUACAGUAAUUCUGCAGCUCAUGGAACACCAUAUGCUCACCAUCAAGUUACUGGUUUAACUCAAGGUUUGGGGCAGAUGGGACAUGAAUCUGGCCCACCUCCUCAGAAUGCAAACAUGUUGAAUGCUGCACCACAAAGUGGUCCUCCAGGUUUAAUCCGGGGCUUCUCAGAUUCCAUGCCUCACCCGCCAGGCGCCGAAGCAGGAAGUGCCGUGAGUCAGGGCGUGAGAGCACCUCACUCAUACACUCCCAGAGGACCAAGGCCAAAUCUUGGACAUUCUUUUCCUCCUGGCGCAAGACACAGCUCUCAAGGUGUUGAGCCUGGUCAGAUUGCACCUAAAUUACACGAGGAACACCGUUUGCCACAUCCAGGAUUUCAAGGUGGUCCUGUUGGUCACUAUCCUCCUCCAGGUCCAUCUGGAGGCCACAUGAGACCUGGUCAGCCUCAGUCACAUAGAGGGAUGCAGCCACAAUUCUAUAUGGGUCAGCAACAGCAUUCUCGCCCAGGUAUGGACAAUGACAGUAAUCCCAACAUGGGAGGUUACAUGCCUCAAAACUAUGGAGCCAGACGAAUGCCUCCUGCCCAUUUUGGUCAGGAUUUGAGUGCAAAUGCUGUUAGAAAUCCAUACUAUGGCAUGCAGACUUCACCUCCUCAUAACAUGGGACAGCAUUUUCCACGGCAGUACCAAGCCGGCAUGGGGCCUGGUCCUCACAACAUGAGCUCACCUUUGACAAGUAUGGGUCAGAUGGCAAGAAAAUUGGGACCUGGGUCAGACAUGCAUUCCCCAUCCAGCACACAGACAGGAGGAAGCGGGGAAGGACAUAAGGAGAGAAGAUCCAGUCUGGGAUCUCCACCCAACCCAGAAGCUGUCCAUAGACAAGAAAAGUUGAUUGAAAUAAGAGAUAUCAAAACAGAAAAUAAUGAUGACGAUAUCUCUGGGAAAAAAGUUGGUAAGACUGGAAAGAAGAGAGCAGUAUCUUCUAAAUCUAAGAAGAAAGCCUCUGAACCAGAUAUUGAAAGUCAUGACAUUGGUCAGCCUGGACAGCAUGGACCAGCCCCUGCAGCCAGCCACGGACACAUGGCUGCCCCUCCUGAAGGCCCAGACAGGUUGUCCGGCUCUGGUCAGCAGAUGGUGAAUUAUAGAGUCGGCAGUCAGCCCUAUCACAUGCCACCCUAUCAGAUGCCUUAUCCACAUGGUUCAAAUGUUAACACACACCAGAUGACCCAAGGGCCAUACAUGAACCCAAGGCACACACCACCAGCAGCAGCCCAUCAGAGACCUAAAGGAGAUGGCAAUAAUGCAUCUGUAAAAAGUGGUGAGGGGAAGUGGAACAGAGCUGAGAACAUGGAAUCACAUUGCACCACUUUGCCAAAUAGAUCUCCAGUGCAUAUGUCUUCUUACCACCAGACUUUCACAAAGUCACAGCCCAGUGAGCAAACAGUAUCCUCUCAGGAGAGAAGACAUAGUCUUUCUCCUGGUUCUCAGGCCUUAGAUGCCACCUCAAGUGAUCGUAUGAAGGACCCGGCCUCAGUGGACCAGAUGAGCAUAAGAAAACAUGCAACAGUUGAUAUAAAGCCACACAUUCAGGGCCUGCCCCAGACUACUCACCCCACAGAGGCUUCACCAGACUUUGGCGGUCCACCAGCUGGACAAACCUUGAUACCUACCACACAGGAUUACAGAUUGCAUGCCAGCGCACAUGGACAAAACAUCCCACAGUAUUCCCAAGGAGGAGGACUCAACACCUCAGAAGCCCCAAGAGCAUACUACAGUCCAUCUUCUUACUACCCACGUGGCCCUGAUCCCAGAAAACCCAUGCCUCCGGGCAAUACAUGGAACCCUGAUGUCCAAGGGUAUGGUGGUUUGAGAUAUGGACCACCUGUACAUCCAUAUGGCAUGAAUCCUAAUGCAGGUAACCGCAUGCCAACUAUUAAGUCUGAGUUUGGCUCACACAGUCACCCAAACUCAGAUUUAGCAGGAGUUUCCGAGAAAGGGUCAGCACAAGAUGCCGGCACCAAGAAUGAUCCUGUGAACAUGAGUAAAAUGGGAGAUCAGCCGAGACCUGUAUUACAGAGAAGCACAUCUUCUGAGCUUCAUGUGGGCAGAACUACAGAGUCUGGACAGGCACACCAGAAGGAAUGUGGAACUAGAUAUAAAACCAAAUAUCAGACAUACAGAUUCUGGGCCAAAAGGGGUAGAGAAUGUGCCCUUAUCCGAACCACAGAGACCACAGGUGUCUUUGUCAGAAUCUGUUUCAUCUUUGCCCUCAUCAUCCAUUUCCACAUUACCAUCUGUGCAAACAAAGAUGGUAUCCCAUAUGUCUGA